GCAUCGAUGUCUGCUGCAUAAAGGCAGACGGAGGAAGAUGCCGAGACGGUGGUCCUCCCUCAUCAGCAUCACAGCCAUCUUCUUGGUCCUCUUCUUCCUCCUUCAUAGGAAUACAGACACACCACGCGCCGCCAAUAGGGCUACAAACGGCCCUGCCAACGGCUUUGCUAGGCAGCAAAGCAUAUGUCCAUCAACACCCCCUCAGCCUCCAUAUAACCGAACCAGCACGGGAGGGUUCAACUGGGGUGAAAUCCCAGUCAGAUACCCUGUAUCCGACUUCAUCCCGCUGUCAACCAACUCUCCUGCAACACUUCCGCGCAUCCAACGCUCUUCCUUCCCACUUCAAUCCUCAAUCACUAAAUCCCGCCAGGCAGCAGUCAAAGGUGCCUUUCAGCGCGCAUGGACCUCCUACACAACCCACGCCUGGAAGGCGGACGAGGUACGGCCCAUCACGGCCGGAUCUCGAAACAACUUUGGCGGAUGGGGAGCGACCCUAGUCGACAAUCUCGACACACUGCUAAUCAUGGGGCUGGACGAGGAGUUCGCAGCGGCAGUCGACGCGCUCGCAGAUAUAGAAUUCAGCCCGCACUCGUCCCCAUCCUCCUCCCAGAGCACAAUCAACAUAUUCGAAACGACAAUCCGGUAUCUGGGCGGCUUGCUCGCGGCGUAUGAUCUCACUGGCUGUCGAGAGACUCGGCUGCUGGACAAAGCAAUCCAGCUUGGGGAGAUGAUCUACACCUCCUUCGACACAGAGAACCGCAUGCCCGUACCACGGUGGAAUCUGCACAAAGCAGGCAACGGAGAGCCUCAGCGCGCGGCAGUGCAGGGCGUGCUCGCUGAACUCGCCAGCAGCAGUCUCGAGUUCACGCGGCUGUCGCAGCUGACGGGGGAUAUGCGGUAUUUCGAUGCGGCAUCCCGCAUUACCGAUCUGCUUGACUCCCAAGCCGGCCAUACCCGGAUCCCGGGGUUGUGGCCAGUCAGCGUGAACCUGCAGAAAGGCGAUCUGACCCGUGGGUCGACAUUCAGUUUUGGCGGGAUGGCCGAUAGCGCCUACGAGUAUCUCGGCAAGACGUAUCGGCUCCUCGGUGGUGUGGGGAAAGGGCCACAGUACGAGCGUCUGGCGCGAAACGCACUAGAUGCCGGGAUUCGACAUCUCCUCUUCCGACCGAUGACGCCUGAUCAUGCAGAUAUCCUCCUACCCGGGGUCGCGCACGCAACCAGCUCUUCCGUGGGACUCGAGCCCCGGACAGAGCAUCUCGCCUGUUUUGUGGGUGGGAUGUACGCGCUCGCCGGGAAGCUUUUCUCAAACCAGACGUACCUCGACACCGGCCGGAAGCUGACAGACGGUUGUAUCUGGUACUACGAUAAUUCACCGCUAGGUAUCAUGCCGGAGAUGUUCACCGUGCCGGCUUGUCCGUCAGUGGCUGAAUGUCCUUGGGACGAAACAAGGGGUGGUAUCUACACCUACGUGCGUGAUGGGCACUACUUUCUGCGUCCUGAGGCAAUGGAGAGUAUCUUCUAUAUGUGGCGCAUUACAGGGGACGAAAAGUACCGCGAGGCUGCAUGGAGAAUGUUCACGGCUAUCGAAGCGGUUACAAAGACGGAGUUUGGGAAUGCGGCGGUGCGGGAUGUUAUGGUUGAGGAAGGAAAUGUAAAGAGAGAAGAUAGCAUGGAGAGUUUCUGGAUGGCAGAGACGUUGAAGUAUCUGUAUCUGAUAUUUGGGGAGACCGAUUUGGUCAGCUUGGACGACUGGGUGUUCAAUACGGAGGCGCACCCUUUGAGGGGUGCAGGGAGUUGACAUUGUAUUCACACAUCGGUAUAGACAAAUUAUAGAGUAGACGUUCAAAACGGCCAAAGCUGAAUGGAUAGACUCCAUAUGCAUU